AAUUGGCCAAAGAAAAUGGCGAGAGUAUCAGCUGAUAAUGACUGUGAAAUAAGGUCUUUGAAAGAUCCUCCUAUGUUCGUGCAUCCGGGAGGGGGUGGGAAGGGAAUACGCCCAAAUCAACACAGCCAACAACAACAACAGCAGCAGCAGGGUCAACAGCAUCAUCAUCAGCAGGUACAUCAUCAGACACACCACCAACAGCAGCCUCACCAGCCCCAACAGGUCCAGCUACAAACGGCCCCCCUGCACCACAGCAACCAGACGUCAGGCCAGGCAUCCGGCGGAAAUUCCCACCCUCACACACAUCAACAACAGACGGCGGCGCCACCGCCCCACCAGCAAGCCUAUACGACGCAUCCCCAAGUGCCCGUCUAUUUCCACUAUCCGCUGAAUCAAAUACAUCCGCAGGCGCCCACCAGUUCAGGUCAACAUCAUCCUGGUCAGAGUGCGGGCAGUAAUAUUGGCGGAGCCCAAUUGGCGCCAUCACCUCCAACACACACAGCCGGCGGCAAUGGGGCACAAGGCGGUGGCGGGCCAGGCGGUAAUGGUGCCGGAGCUGGCGGUGGCAACAAUGCGUCGGGCAAUGCCAACACAAAUGUCGGGGCUGGUGGAGGUGGUCGCCAGGGCCAGGGUGCGUCCAAUACGAUAUCGCAUUACGCGCCGGCCGGUACCAUCAUUCAGUCGAACCUGCAGCCGCCCACAAGUAAUCAUUUCAUGACGCAAGCACCCUAUCCGCUGCAGAUGCCACAACACAAUACAAUAAUGAUGUACAACAGUACAUUGGCUGCUGCCUCUGCGGCGGCUGCGGGUCAGCAUGGUACGCCCACGCCGGGACAAACGGGUUCCAUCUACCAGACGGCCACACAAGCGCAGACCUCGGCAGCCCACCAACAGGCCACGCUGCGUGGCGCCCAACAGACUAUGCACUACUAUGCUCAAUCAGUGGCCGCCCAAGCUCCAACCUCCCUGCAUCAUCCAUCGCAUCAAAUACGAAAUAUGGCAGUCAUGCCGCAACCACCCCACUACUACCUAAUACAACAGUCGAUACCACCGGGAACUCGAACAUCCCUCAUAGGUAACAUCCACCAGCCACCGUCGGCCGCAAGUGCCAAUUCGACGGUGCAUGUGGGAGCGCAACUGCAAAAUACGGGAACAAGAGGGGCGUCUGGCGGCCCCGGAGGCUUUGUACCCUCAACAUUCUGUACGCCACCGCAAAUGUCUGCCACAGGAUCGCUGGCAACCCAACCGCCAUCAUUAAUGACUGCCACUGGGCUGGGUGGGGCAACACUGGCCGGUACUUAUGGUCAUUUGGCCGGUUCGGCCGGUGGCUCUGGAUCUUCCAAUUCGCUCAGUAUGUCGGGGGCAAGUGGGGCUGUCGGUAUGGGAUCUGCAUCCGCUGUGACCGAUCUUACUAAACGGCGCAGCAAGGCAUUGCCCAUUAUAAAUCCCGACACAAUGGAAGAGAUACGUUUUGAGCCACAACAGAAUAAGAGCAGCUCGUCAGCUGCGCUGGAAAUAAAACCACCACCAGAGGCGGAGAAUAGGCCGGUGAAAACGAUAACAAUGACAGCACCGCCACCAGCCGAAACAACGACUAAAGGUUCUAACGAGAAGGCGGCGACUACUGCAGCGGCGCCGGCAACAACGGCGGCAACGACGACGACGACAACGAGCAGCAGUGCAGCACCGGGUGAGAACAAGGGUGAGACAAGCAAUGCCGCAGAUGUGAAAGAUAAAAUUGAUCGACAAAUGCAUACCCCAGCCACGGCCACAACACCACAACAAGUUGUAGAAUCCGCCACCGUGGAGCCUGUGCCACAACAAAGUCAGGUGGAAGAAAAUGAUGAUACCGAUGCGGAAACGCCAGAAUUGGAGCAUGAUGAUGAUGCUGCUGUACCCCAAACUUCUGCUGUUACAAGCGGUGCCGAGGUGCCAAAGGAAAAGGCAAUUACAAAGGAAAGUGAAGCCGCCGAAACCACAACGGCGACAAAGGAUUCCAACACAGAAACGACAGCAACUGAGGCAACAACUACCAAUACCGAUGUAACACCAGUGGCGCAAAAGGAAGAUGACGCCGGUGUAAAUAAACAGCAACAACAACAGCAGCAGAAGCAACAACAACAACCUGUAACAACAGGUCAUGUUGCAAAAGAAUCAUUUGUUGAACAGAUCGCCAAACAACAACAACCACAACAGUCAUCAUCAAAUACCGCCACCACCACCACCACCAAUUCCUCUUUAGAUACUAACAAAUCCAAUAACAACAACAACAAACAACACCAAUCACAGGGCAAGAUUCCAACAAAUGCCACAACGGCUACUACUGGUGGUGGUAGCUCUACGCCAUCAUCAUCUGCCGGGGUAGACAAGUCAACGAGAGAAGAAACAAAUCGAAAGGAUGCUGAACAUGCAAAGAUUCCAAAUAAGAAGGAUGCUGCAACCCAUGAGGAAAUUACAACAAACAAAGAACUAAAUAUUACAACAAAAACUACAACUACUAGCAAGGACCAUCAUCAUCAAGGAAAGACCUCAACCUCAACAGCAACAGCUAAUACUAAAAUGGGAGCCAAUACCACCACCACGCCAUCUAUUGGUAAUGUAAAUACGAACAAGAAAGGUGAUGCUGCCGCCAAGCCAACAAGCAACAACAAUAUGCCAUCAUCGAAUCCUCCUCCUGCAGGCCCGGCCGCUGCCAACAAUGCCAUGGAUGCCAACAACGACGAUGCCUUUAUAACUGUGAGCAAUCGCAAGAAGAAUAAGGGUAACAAGCAGCAGCAGCAACAGCAACAACAACAGCAGCAGCAACAGCAACAUCAACAACGUACCAAAGAUAAUCAAAAGAAAACGCAACAACAGCAAAGGCCCCAACAUGAGCGCAGCAAUUCGACAGCAUCAAAUGCUAGCAGCAACAAUAAAUCGCAUAACAACAAUAACAAUAGAGGAAACAAUGCUUCGGCCGCAGCCGCAGCCGCCGCUGCUGCAGCAGCUGUAGCAACAACUCCAACCGCAACAAAUGUUCAAUUGACUGAUAUUCACAAUGCAAAUAAUAGUUCAGUUGCCAAUAAUAACAACAACACCAAUAACAAUAAACAAGCCCAAAGGCAGCAAUCGACAACAACAACAGCAACAACUAAGGAACCUCAAACAGCAACAACUGCUGCCAAUAAUAAUAAUAACAACAACAAUAAUGAUACCUCCAAGACAGCCGGUGGUGUAGAAACUAAAGAUAAUGACAACACUGCGACAGCUGCAGCCUCCGCCGCUGCUGCCCCUGGCAAGCAUGUUAAGACCCAGGAAAUUGUUGAACAAUUCAUACAACCCUCAGCAAAAUCCUCAGCUGCCGAAACUAAGGGUGAAGCUGAACAAAUUAAAUUCCUCAAUAGUUCCUCAUCGGCUUGUGAAGAAGAAGAGGUAAAGACGGCAAAACCUGCCGCCACUGAGACCACCUCAAAAUCUGCUACUGCUGCUGCUGACAAUGAGGCUGCCGCCAUCAAGGAUGUACGUUUCGGUGACUUUAAGGAUGAUGAGAAGGUUAAGGAGGCCAAGACAGUAACGGCCUCAAAGACUGAAAGUGCAGCUGCUCCCGCUACCGCUGCCACAGACUCCAAAACUCCCGAUAGUGUUGAUAAUAGUAACAAUCAAGCUCAUGCCCGACCUGCCGUAGCUGCCUCCACUGCCCAGAUACCAAAAUCGGCCAAGGCUUUGCACGUUGCCCCAUCCAUACAGAAACAUCCAAAAACUGGCAAAAAUCUGUAUCGUUAUUCUUUGGAUGAGCUGAAACAAUUGGCCAAAUCUGAAGAAUCACAAAAACUUCCUGUGGUGCCUUGUCAAAAGGGUGGCUGCAUUGCCGCCUUGUUUGUCUCACGACCCAACAAUCAAAAUCUGCCACACAUGCAACAGCAAUACCAGCACAUGAACUUCAAUGAAUCCAUGGACCUGGUGUCGGGCAAACGUGGUGGACGACCACAACGUAAACAUGAUCACAACAUGACUGGGUCGUGUGGCAAUAUUGCCGGAGCCGGUGGUCCUCCCGGUCCCGGUGGCAGCAUGAUUGGUACAACCGGUGGCAGUGUAAGUGUAACCGGCACCUCAUUUGCCCGACCAAUGCGUAUGAUUCGUGUGAAUCUGUCGUUGAACGAAGAAAUCAAAUUGAAUGAAAGUGAAAAUGCCUGGAAACCGGAUACGUUGCGCAAGAAGACUGGUGGCGCCAACAAUUCCGAUUCCUCAACAAAUCUGAAUGACAACAUUGAUGCUGUGCUAAAGAAAGUGCGUGGUGUGCUCAACAAAUUGACACCCGAAAACUUUGAUGUGCUGCUCAAGACAAUGGUGUCCAUUUCAUUGGAUACCACGGAAAAAAUGCAACAAGUGAUGUUGUUGAUAUUCGAAAAAACUAUUAGUGAACCCAACUUUGCACCAACCUAUGCCAAAUUCUGCAAAGUACUCUUCCAAGAAGUCAAACCGGAAAGUAAAGCUCUCUUCAAUACGCUGCUGAUCAAACGUAUCCAGACCGAGUUCGAGACGAACGUCAACAAUGCCGAUGCCAAGAAUGAGAAAUUGAAACCGUUGAUUGAGAAACUUGAUGCCUGUACGGAUCCCAAGGAACGCCUCGAACUGCAAGCCGAACUCGAAGAUCAGGAAUAUCAGUUUAGACGUCGUGCCUGGGGUACGGUGCGUUUCAUCGGUGAGAUGUUCAAAUUGCAGUCGUUGACUGGCGAUCGUGUUAUGAUGUGUAUCGAAUCAUUGCUGGAACACGGCAGCGAAGAGAAAUUGGAAUACAUGUGCAAACUUAUGACCACCGUGGGUCAUUUGCUGGAGGCCAAAUAUUCAGCGGAGAAGAACAUUACUCGCAUGGAUCGGGUAUUCAAUCGUAUCAAUGAAAUCAUCCGGCAGAGCCGGUCGAAUAAGGGCAAUCAACAGAAUAAGAUUAGCAGUCGUGUGCGUUUCAUGAUGCAGGAUGUGAUCGAUUUGAGGGCACGUCGAUGGGACCAAAACACCUCAUCGCCCAGUACAGCGCCGGCUGGUGGCCCCAGCAAUGUGAGCAGUGGUGGCAGCAGCAGCAUGUCCGGCAGCAGUGGUUCGCAGCAUCAAAACCGCCGUGGAAAUCGUGAAGACAAGAAUAACCGCAACAACUAUGACCGUGGCGGUAGCUCGCAGCGUAUGGGCGGCGGUGGUGGUGGCAGCCGUGAUUAUGGCAACAACAAUCAGGGUCGCCGCAUGGAUAACCGUGACAACUACUACAACAAGAACUCUCAAAAGGGUCAAUACCAGCAGGAUCAAAGUCUGGACUUUAAGAAAUUGAAUUUCUCCCGUGGCCUCGAAUCGGAAUCCUCUACCACGUUGGGCAACAGCUCGCUGUUUAUGUGGCGUAAUCCGGGACGCGGCAGCCAGGGAGGUUUACUGCAAAAUGCCACAGCUCCACCAUUUGGUGGCGGCAUGUCCUCCGGCUCACAACAAUAUGGUGGUUCCAGCAGUCAAUCCAAUUCGGCCAACAAUACGAUAAAACGACCCACCAAUCCCUUCCAGCUUUUGUCCACCCGCGAAUCGGACGGCGAUCGUCACCAGAACAGCGAUGCCGAACGUCCCUCGGCCUCGCACACCUCGGCGAGCAGCAGCAGCAAUGAGGGCUCCGAUGACGAGGAUGAGGCUGCCGUCGACAGCUACUCCACCAAAGUGGUGCACAAAAUGAUCAAUGACCUCGUUGAAAGUUACUUAGAAACUGUUCCUAGCUUUGCCUGGCAAGGCGAGAUCCUGUCCAAAUGGCGUUCGUACUCGCUGAAACAACACAUGGAAAUUGUGCACUGCCUGCUAAUGAGUUACCUGCAUCUGCGCGACGUCACCAAGGACCACAGGGCGGCUGCGGCCGCCAUUUUCCAUCAUCUGCUGAGAACCAAGUCCUUCGACAAGAAGGCGUUUGCUCGUUCCUAUGACCAAUUCGCCAAAGAGUUCGCCGAUGUGCUGGUCGAUGUGCCGAAGGGUUGGAUGUACAUCUUUGAGUUUUUGGGUCCCCUGCUGCACGAUCACAUGCUGACGUUUGACGACAUUUGGCGCUCGGACUGGAAGAACGAGGAACUUGACUUCCGCCAGAAGUUUGUGACCGCCUUUGUGGUACACUUUACCAAAGAAUUCGGCACGAAUUAUGUACGCGACCUGUGGCACAAAGAAUUCAAACUGGACCGAGGUCAAGUGUUCUCCAGCGAUCCCAAGGAGUGGCAGGAGCUGAUCAACUCCAAUCGCCUGCAGUACAUAUACGACCCAAAUGUCAAGCCCCCCACGGACUACACCAGCUGCACGGGUGUCAGUGUGGACCGCAAGGUCAAACGGCUGUCGGCCCUGCUGAAGAGUGUGCGGGGGGAUAAUUGCUGCGAUUUAGCCAUAGAUUAUAUCAAUACUAAUGUAAAUAUUAAUGACGAAUUUGUGAGACAGUUUGCCCGCUUCCUCUGCUGUGAUUAUGCCAUUGCAAUGACAUCCGGUAGCAGCAGUAGUAGUACAAAGAAGGACACCAGCAGCAGUAGUACGAAAAUCCCCCAAGUCAAUGCCGAACGUUUCCGCAAGGUGUGUGUGCCGCUGUUGCGCCUGUGCAACGAUACCCAGGAGAAAUACGAAUUGGCCUGUCUCGAUGCCGUGCACGAUGGCAUACAGCAGGAGUACUCCGACUAUGCGGUAGUCGAUGACAUAACCUGCAAUAUCUUUGACCUACUCUACGAUUCGGAGGUAAUAGUAAAGGAAUCACUGGACAAAUGGUAUAGACAACGUUUGGCGGCGGCUAGCAGUAGUAGUAGUGAAUCGUCUAAAACAAAAUCACGCGGUAUCGGUGGUGGUGGUGGUGGACAACAACAACAAUUGAGUGCUAAAUUCCAGGCCUUUUUACAGAAAAUGCUUUAACCAGGUGGUGGCGGACGACGAGGAGGAGGAGGAGAGGAUAGUUGCUGCUGCUGCUGUGGCGGUCGCCGCUGUUGCUGCUGCUGCUCAACAAACGCCGCAAGUUUGUUAACAUCCAAUCAAUAUUUUAUUAAGGUGUAUAACGAGACAACUAAAACAACAACAACCAGAACGAGAAGAACAACCUACAACAAUAGCAACGACUACAGGAAAAGUCCCAAAAUAGACUGCAAACAACAACAAACAAAAAAUUAAUAACUUUAUCUAAUUUUUUUCUAAUUUAGUUAAAAUUGAAUGAAAAAAAAAAAAAAACAAAACGGAAGAAACCCCAAAAACAAAAAUGAAAAAUCAAAAAAUAAUUAUAAAUGAAAUCAUAUUUGAUAGAAAGAACUAAUGAAAACAAAUUUUGAAAUUCUAUGUCCCUUUCCCCACACACGUACACACACGAACACAUUCUCAUAAUAAAAUAUGAUGAUCCAGGCCCCCCCCGAACUUCAUACGACACAUUUUGACCCAAACCCCAAAAGAAUGAAUGAAAGAAACACAAAGGCAGGAUCCUUAAAAAAAAAGAGUCAACAAAAAACACCCGAAAAUUGCUAACAUCGAACAAAGAAGAAGAAGAAAAAAUAUCGAGUUAUACCAAGAAGAAAUGAAAUAUGAAAUGGAAGAGCAAGGCUGCAGCAAGGUUUUUUUUACAGAAAACAUUUUCAAUUCACACCUUGCCCUGCAACCGACAGAUAGCCAGCCAGCCAGCCAAGCACAGCUUACCCUCACCAGGAAGCCACAACACGAUAAUAUUUUUGUUGAUGAAUACCAAUUAUGAUUGAUUGAAGAUGAAACAGUUUCAAAAUUUCCAUAGAAAUAAAAAAUUGGAAGUAAAAUAAAAAAACAACAAAAACAAAAACGAUUUCUUUUCAUUAAUGCAGUUCUCAUUAACAACAACAAAAAAGAAUACGGUUACACACAAAUUCCAUACUCCUUCAGCUCCUGCGAUCAACGACGAGAAAUUAGCCCAAAUUUUUUGUUUUUAAUUUUUUUUUUGUAUGAAUUUUUUGUGAGUCAUUCUUUAAGGCCCUAUUUUUAGUUGUUUUUGUUUAUAAGUCUCACCUAUAUAACUACACUACACUACAAAAAAAAAUACACACAACAACUACUACUAUGUUAAUUUUAAAAAAAGAUGAUUUUUGUCCUUUUUUUUAUUGAAUAACAUUUGAAAUGUUAUUAAAUAGAAAAACAAAUCAAUUAAGUUUAAGAAGCCACAAGAAAAAUUUAAAAAAAUCCAAAAAAAAAAAAAAUACAUAAGAAAAGAAAAACACUUGAAAAGUGUGUGUGAACAACCCCGAAAUAUAACAUAACAUAAAAAAAUAUUAUAAUAAAACAAAUAAAGAAAGAGGAAAAAGAAAGAAUAUAUAUUAAAUAAAUAAUUAAAUCGAAACUCCCCAAUCACACGCUCCACCCUCUCUCUCUCAAACACAUUGACAUUGUAAUAAUGAUGAUAAUGAUGAUGAUGAUGCUGCUGAUGAUGAUCAUAACCACAAACACCACUUGAUGAUGAUGAUAAUGAAAUGAUGCUGUAGAAAACUACUAACCCCCCCCCCCCCCCUCACCCUAUCUACCAAUCCCUCUAUCUUUCCUUUUACGAAAUAUUGUUAAUGUAUUUGUAAUAUAAAAUAAAAGAAGAAACAACAAAACAAAAAACGAUUUGCAUACAAUUUUCUGCCUUUUCAAAAUAAAACCCAACAUAAACACAAAACGAAUCAACACAACAACUACAUACAUCUAUCUAAAAAUAAUAGAAAUCACAAUAAUAUUUAAUAAAAAAAAAUUAAAUAAAAAAAACCAAACCAACAAAAUAGAUUAUUGCAAUUUUUGAAUUGAACGAAAUGAGAAAAAAAAUCUACAAAAGAACCCCAAAAUCCAAGUUGCAAGUUUUUCUUUUCUUCAUUUUGUAAUUCCGUUUUAGGGGGGAAGAAGAAGUUUUUUUUCUCUCGCCCAUAAAGAUUUUUUAUUUUUUUCUAGAAGUUUUUGUUAUCAGAUCAGCUGUAUAUUUUUUUUUUUGAUGGGUGAAGGGUUAAAAAAAUUAAGGUUUAUAAAGACGACCUCAUAUAGAGACUUAGGACUUAGGAGGACUUAUAUAGAGAGGACCCUAGGGGACGUCUAUAAACAUAACCUUAAGGACGUCUAUAAAUAAGACCUAAGGGACGAAUAUAAAGACGAUCUAAAGGACAUCUAUAGAGACGUCUAAAAAGACGAGCUUAAGGACGAGCUAUAAAAACGAAUUUAAGGACGUCUAUAGAGACGAACUUAAGGACGUCUAUAUAGACGACCUCCAGGACGUCUAUGGAGACGACCUCCAGGACGUCUAUAGAGACGACCUCCAGGACGUCUAUGGAGACGACCUCCAGGACGUCUAUGGAGACCUUAAGGACGUCUAUAAAGACUUAAGGAAGUCAAUAGAGACGACCUCCAGGACGUCUAUAGAGACGACCUCCAGGACGUCUAUAGAGACGACCUCCAGGACGUCUAUAGAGACGACCUCCAGGAAGUCUAUAGAGACGACCUCCAGGACGUCUAUAGAGACGACCUCCAGGAAGUAUAUAGAGACGACCUCCAGGACGUCUAUAGAGACGACCUCCAGGACGUCUAUAGAGACGACCUAAAGGACGUCUAUAGAGACGACCUAAAGGACGUCUAUAGAGACGACCUCCAGGACGUCUAUAGAGACGACCUCCAGGACGUCUAUAGAGACGACCUCCAGGACGUCUAUAGAGACGACCUCCAGGACGUCUAUAGAGACGACCUCCAGGACGUCUAUAGAGACGACCUCCAGGACGUCUAUAGAGACGACCUCCAGGACGUCUAUAGAGACGACCUCCAGGACGUCUAUAGAGACGACCUCCAGGACGUCUAUAGAGACGACCUCCAGGACGUCUAUAGAGACGACCUCCAGGACGUCUAUAGAGACGACCUCCAGGACGUCUAUAGAGACGAUCUCCAGGACGUCUAUAGAGACGACUUCCAGGACGUCUAUAGAGACGACCUCCAGGACGUCUAUAGAGACGACCUCCAGGACGUCUAUAGGGACGACCUCCAGGACGUCUAUAGGGACGACCUCAAGGACGUCUACAGAGACGACCUAAAGGACGAUCUCAAGGUCUUCUUUAGAGACGACCUUAAGGUCGUCUGUAGAGACUUUCUUUAUGAUUGAACGACCUCAAGGUCAUUUCCUUAAAGUCAUCUCUAUAGACGUCUUGAAGGUCAUCUCCAUAGUCGUCUUUAAGGUCAUCUGUAUGGACGUCUUGAACGUCAUCUCCAUAGACGUCCUUAAGGUCAUCUCUUUAGACGUCCGUAAGGUCGUCUUUAUUGACUUCCCUAAGCCCGUCUCUAUUCACAUCCUAAAGGCCAUAUCUUUAGACAUCCGUAAGGUCGUUUCUAUUGACUUCCUUAAUCUCCUCUCUAGAGACGACCUCAAGGACGUCUAUAGAGACUUUCUUUAUGAUCGUCUCCAUAGACGUCCUUAAGGUCACAUCAUAUACUUCUAUUGAAACGACCCCAAGGUUAUUUCAUCAAAGUCAUCUCCAUAGACGUCUUUAAGGUCGUCUCAAUAGACUUCCUUAAGGUCGUUUCAAUAGACUUCCUUAAGGUCGUCUCAAUAGACGUCCUUGAGGCCGUCUCUAUUGACGUCCUUAAGGUCAUCUCUUUAGACGUUCGUAAGGUCGUCUCAAUUGACGUCCUUAAGAUCAUCUCUUUAGACGUCCGUAAGGUCGUCCCUAUUGACUUCCUUAAGUCUUUAUAGACGUCCUUAAGGUCUCUAUAGACGUCCUUAAGGUGGUAUCUAUAGACGUCCCUAAUGCCGUCUCAUUGACGUCCUUAAGGUCGCUUUAUAGAUGUCUUUUGAAACGACCUCAAGGUCGUCUCCAUAGACGUUCUUAAGGUCAUCUCUUUAGAGGUCCGUAAGGUCUUCUUUAUUGAUUUCCUUAAACUCGUCUCUUUAGACGUCCUUAAGGUCGUCUCUAUAGACGUCUUUAAGCUCGUCUCCAUUGACGUCCUUAACGCCGCCUCUAUUGAUGGCCUUAAAGUCAUCUCUAUCGACGUGUCCUUGUCGUCUUUAUAGACGUCCUUAAAGUCGUCUCUGUUCUGACAUUAUUUACCAUCCAUAGAGCAUGCCCUUAGAGGAGUUUUUUUAACUUGGAUUAUGGAUGGGAGAUUUUUAAAAGGUCUCUAUCUUUUGAAGUUGUAAAGACGGUAGUUUUUUUUUAGAAAUCGUGAAAAAAAUAUCCUUGAGGCCUUUCAGGGUAGUCAUGAAGUGAAAAGAAUUUUUUGAAAUUAUUGACGCCCUUAAGAUUGUCUCUAUUCUGACAUUGGAUGGGAGAUUUUUAAAAAUUUUUAUCUUUUGAAGUUGUAAAGAAGGUAGUUUUUUUAUAGAAAUCAUGAAAAAAAUAUCCUUGAGGUCUUUCAGGGUAGUCAUGAGGUGAAAAUAACUUUUUACUUUGCUUUUUUUAUCCAAACAUUUAAUAAGGAUAUAGGAAUAUGAGUUCGCAGUAUCAAUCAUCUGGCAUACAUGUAGGUUUUUUAGGCCUGGGGGAAGUAUUUUCUUUCCAGAAAAAUUAGAAAUGACUUGGGAAUGGAGAAUGAUUUUAUUGAAUAUUGUAGGCUUAGGGACGAUGAAAAGAAAAUAUAGUCAGUCGUUGAGUACCCUAUUUCGGUCGAGAAAAUAUCGAAAAAAUCGGUGAGACCGAAUGCUUCAUCCUUGACAAGAAUAAAAUUCUUGCCGUCAUAGAGGCACGGGACCUCAAAUGUAAAUCGAAUAGGAGAAUUUGGCCCCUGUAGAGACGAUCUUCAACGGACGUCCAAGCAACGGUUUCGAAAUUUCGUUAGAAAUGAUUUUGCAUUUUAAGACAUCUAUGAAGACAGCCUUAAGACGACUUUAAGGACGUCUAUAGAGAUCGAAGCUGAGAUUUCGGCCCCAUUAAAAAUUUGUUUCCAAUGUUCGAUUUAUAUUGUUUUGGAAAGCUUUUACAAAAAUGUUCGUUUUUUCUAACCCAACAAUUAUUCUUCUUCCUCUCUUUGUAGGAGUCAUGACCUUUUUUUUAUUUUUUGUUAAUUUUUUUUUUCAGUAAUUUGAGUAUGGUUUUUUUUUUGGUAAUUUUUUGUAGUUCAUUAUUUGGUUGGUUAUGUCCUCACACAAAAUGUAAGAAAAGAGAAACUGCAUUCAUAGUUGGGGGCAUCUCCCCCCAUAGCAUACAAAGUGCUAUAUUUUCCCUUUUAAACUCCCUACCCCUCAAGUCUUUCCAUAACAAAUGAAACUAGUUAAAUUAUAAUCUCCUCCUGAAGAUGAAUUUUUUUUUCUGCAGCAGAAUACAAUGGAAACAUCAUUUAUUUUUGUUUUUUUUAAUACCAUGGAUUUGUUGUUUUAAUAUUCUAUAUAUAUUUUUAUAGAAAUAAUAACACCCAUUUUAUUAUUUUUUUUUUAAAUUUUGUAUAUGUAUUUAAUUUUUUUUAUUUUGUUGACAAACAUAUUUACACACAAACACACCACAUAUAUUCAUGCUAUAUAGAAACAAUUAAAUUAAUAAAUUUAAGAACAGUCUUUGUGAAACUCAUAAACAAAUUAAAAAAAGAAAAACAAAAACAUAAUAAAAAAAUGAAAAUAAUAUGGGAUUUUUUGUAUAAAAGAAAAAAAUGAAGAAAAAGUUAGAAGAAGAAAACAAAUAUUUAUUUUUAUUAAUUAUAAGUUUCCUAUAAAAAAAUUGCAUAAAAACUCGAAAAAAAAAACAAACAAAUUUGCUAUGGUAUACAAAUAAAAAAAUUAUGUUUGGUUUGUUAUACAAUCCAGAAUUAACGUAAAAAAGGAGAAAACAAAAACAAAAAAUAACAAACAACAACAUUUAGUCGAGAACAAGAUUGAGUAAACUUUUCAUAAUAAAAUACUAAAAAUUUAAAAAAUA